AUGCACUUUUUUACCCGCUUGAGUCCUAAUACUUUGCUCCUCCUCACUGUCUUCUGCCAGAUUGUGAUUAUGGGUCUUGCAUGGGGCUUCACCGGAGUAAUCUGGUACACAGGGGUUCUCCCACUACCUGAUAAUGUCGUUCAUCUGAUCAGAGAGCAUCCGACCGUGCUGACCUUGAUAGUUACGUUGAUCGCAACUGCCUUGUCGAUCACUACUUUAAUGUGCUUCAAAUUUGCCAUCAAAAGAGCCCUUCGACACUACCUUUCUGGAAAAUCGAUUACACUGUUCAAGCUUCGCAUUGUAAUAGCGUUGAGCUUGUCGGACUGGAUACUGCGAUGGAGAUUUCCCAAGCUGUCGGCCCUUACGUUGGCGGUUUAUGGGGUGGUCACAUUUCUAAGCACGAGUUGGAGCACUUUUCUCCUACCCACACCUUUUCAAUGGCCUGUGGAAAUGUUCAGAACAGAAUUAGACUUCGCAUCUACCGCAUUUUUAGAUCAGUUGAGUACGGACCUUAAUUCCACCGUGUUGAACUCCGUUGGGAUGCUCAAGAACCGUUCCAGCACCUGUGUUUGA